AUGAUGCAUCAUUGUUGUAGCAGCUCUCAGCAAGGUCACAUAAUGGGAGGAGGAGGAACAUGCACAUGCGGUAUGUUUCAUCCACAAACCAACUCUAACUACUCCAUGAUUUUCUCUAACUACCAAAACCAUGAUCAUUACGAUCACUACGACUCCUACUCCUACACUUCUCCAUCUUCUUCUGUUGACUGUACACUCUCCCUUGCCACCCCUUCCACGCGUUUAUCUGAAGACCAAGAGAAACGAAACCGUCGCUCUUCUCUUACCAACUUCUGGAACAAUAAUACUAGCCAUUCAAACUCAAACUCAAACUCAAGCUCAAAACACAAUUCUCAAUCUCAAAACAAAUCAAACAGAGGAAACAACAUUGGCAAUAACUCCAACAAUGAUUCUCUUCUCGCUCGUCGAUGUGCUAGCUGUGACACCACUUCUACACCUCUUUGGAGGAAUGGUCCUCGUGGCCCAAAGUCACUAUGCAAUGCUUGUGGGAUUAGAUACAAGAAGGAAGAACGAAGAGCGAAUGCUGCCACGUCAGCCGCGACAAACGGUGUAAUGGAUACAAGCAGCAUCUACAGCAACAACAACAACGGUUCAUGGUACGGACAACCGCAGAGUCAAAUGUAUGGGAACGAGUUACGGUUCAUGGAAGAUUCAGAUGUAGAAUCAGAAAAUGGGAUUCCUGAUUUUCUUUCUUGGAGACUCAACACGAGCCUUGUUCAUGAUUACACCAGAUGA